AUGUCUGAAGAAGUGACUUAUGCGACACUCACGUUUCAGGAUUCUGUUGGAGAAAGAAAUAACCGCGAUAGAAAUUACCUAAGGAAUAGAGAGUAUCCAGCUCCUUCCCCUAUAUGGCGUCAGGCUGCCCUGAGUCUGCUUACUCUUUGUCUGCUGCUGCUGAUUGGGCUAGUGACCUUAGGGAUUAUGUUUUUGCAGACAUCUAAUGAAAUUAACUCAGAUUCAGAGAAAUUAAGUCAACUUCAAAAAAUCAUCCACCACCAGCAGAAUAACUUAUCCCAGCAGCUGAGCAACUAUAGGAGCUUUCCCACAGAGGAGAAAUUUCUCAAAUCACAGAUUUCCAGUCUAUUGAGGAGACAGGAACAAAUGGCCAUCAAACUCUGCCAAGAGCUGAUCAUUCACACUCCAGACCACAAAUGUAAUCCUUGUCCUAAAAUGUGGCAAUGGUACCAACACAGCUGCUAUUAUUUCACAACAAAUGAGGAGAAUACCUGGACUAACAGUAGAAAACACUGCAUGGACAAGAACUCUACCUUGGUGAAGAUAGAUAGUUUGGAGGAAAAGGAUUUUCUGAAGUCACAGCCAUUACCCACACUCUCUUUCUUCUGGUUGGGCUUAUCAUGGGAUCCAUCUGGAAGGAACUGGCUAUGGGAGGAUGGCUCUGUCCCCUCUCCAUUCUUAUUCAGCACUAAAGAGUAUGCCCAGAUCAAUGGAUCCAAAGGUUGUGCCUAUUUUCAAAAAGGAAAUAUUUAUAUUUCUCGCUGCAGUGCUGAGAUAUCUUGGAUUUGUGAAAAGAUGGCUGCGUUAGUGAAAAUUGAAGAUUUGGAUUAA